AUGAACCAGCUCGCGACUGCAGGAUACUCAUCAAUUGCGCUGGAUGUCUAUGGCAGUGGCCUUUCCGUGUUGUCAGAGGGGGUUGAAGAUCCAACAUUUGACACAAUCGCGAGUGAUGUAAAGGCUUUACUGGAAGGACUGCGCAUCCGACCCGAAAAUGCCGUCGCCGUUGGACAUUCUAUGGGCGGUAUCAUUGUACCAAAGCUCGCCCUGAAGUGCAACCUUCGCGGGUCAGUUCUCAUUGGCCCUGUGCUGCCAAAGCCUGCAAUGGCCGAGAUCUUCAAUACUCGCAUAGAGACAGCCAAGAAAGAGGGAAUGGAGCCAAUGGCCAAGACUAUUCCAUUCGCCGCGACAGGCUCCAAGGCAACUUUGACACAAAAAGCAUUCAUUCGAGCUCUGUUACUGUCGCAAGAGCCCGAGGGGUACAUCGCCUUGUGUCGCGCGAUUGCGCAAGCAGACGUGCCUCCUUACGCAAACAUCAAAUGCCCCGUGCUUGUUCUAUCUGGUGGAGAGGACAAAACAAGCCCGAUUCCGGAUGCGCAAAAGAUUUUGAGCGAUUCGCGGCCCGCGGUUCACUCCCUCAGUUCCAGGGACUUCACACGAUCUACCGACGACGAAAUGCCUACCAGGAGGGUCCGAGACUGCGAGAGAAGGCGAUGCGCCGAGGCCUGCGAGAGCUGCAAACGUCGCAAACAGAGAUGUGAUGGCCGUAGACCCUGCGCCCGCUGCAUCAAGCGAGGUCUCGGUCAUGAGUGCCACGAGUCUCAAUCUGCCUCAAACAAUGGCGCAAGACGCAUCCUCGCGUCAUCCCUACCAAGUCCCGAUCCCGAUAGACUCAGUAAUAUCACCGAGCAGACCACUCCUGCUGGUAGUAUAACCGUCGGAAACAGAUCGGGUCUGACGUCGGUGGAUGAGACGUAUGUUGAUGACGGGACCUCUUCUUCUCUGCAGCUGCUCUCGAAUACACAACCCGAGAGACUUCCACGCAUGUCGCGCCUUGUUCAAGAUACGAGGGGUGAAUACAUGUUCAUUGGCGACUCUGCAACUCUGUCUUUUCUACAGAAUAUUCGGAGGAUUGUGCGACGUAGCAUAGGAGAUUGUACCCUUGUUGAUGACCCAUUGCGACAUGGUAUCGUCGAAGCAUCGCCUGAAACACGGCGAGGAUGGAUCCUGUCGAGUGCUCAGAACCCGCCGCCACGGCAGUCGGAGCAGGAACUCGAUUACCUUGUGAAAUGGUACAUGCAAUCAGCUAACUGUGUACUUCUUCUCUUCGACCAAACAGAACUUGACCAAGGCAUAAGGAAGUGGAUUGAAGAUGGCCAAGAUAUCGCUGACCCUGCGAGUUCUGUAUACUAUCUGGUCUUUGCCAUUGGUGCGCAAACAGGGCCAGAAGACAAAGAUGACCUGGCUGAGACCUUCUUCAACUAUGCCCGGUACUUGACAGUGGAAACACUGAUAGAAGAGCCGGGCAUUGUCACCAUUCAAGCGUUCGUGCUCAUCGCCAUGUAUCUUCUAGGUGCAUCGCGCCGCAACGCGGCUUUUAUGUAUCUCGGCAUGGGAGUUCGAGCGGCAUAUGCCAUCGGUCUUCAUCGCCAUGAUAUUGCUUCCCUCUUCUCUGCCAACGAGAGUCGUGCGAGAGAACAGCUAUGGAAAGGCAUCCGAAUUCUGGAUCUUUUCAUGAGCGCCUCAUUGGGUCGGCCUCCCUCAACAUCCGAGUUGAGAGACACUACAAACCCUCAGAACUAUUCAGCUUGCAAUGACCUCUCCAUGAUCUUCGAGUUGAUCCUGACAGAUGUUUAUGCAAAAAGAAUGAUAUCUCCAGAGAUACUGGAACGCAUCAGCAAGCAUCUCCGACGAUGGACUGCACAAUGUGGAGAGGGUCUCGCGGUUGAUGGCAUCGAGCAGGAUGACUUGAUCCGUGACCAGAAUGGCGAAGAACAGCCAAAUAUUGGGCUGAUACACCUCAAACUCACUGGUCAUUGGACCGUCAUGCUCCUGUCUCUUCCAUUUCUACAUAAGGCGGUAUCUCAACACGUCGAAGACAAUGAGCAGUCCGCGCAAGGAACUGCGAAGCGAUCUUCGUCAGCGAACCAAGUUCUUGUCCACUCCUGCCUCGAGUCGGCAGUGCGGACAGUGGACCUACUACAGACUCUUGUCAGGACUGGAACUAUACCAAAACGCUUACCGAUUGUUGGAAACUCGGCGUUCGUAUCUGGUCUCGUCCUCGGUGCAGCAAUCUUUGGCGAUUUCGACAACUCAUUCCCGCUCGAGAAGAGCCUCCAUGCAGCGAGAGGCGUUCUCGACCGCUUCAGUCGUUACGAUGCUGUGGCGAAGCGCCAUCUUAUGAUCUUGGAUCACCUACAGAAUGCAUGCGACAUAUACAUGGAUAACCGGGCAAGGCUACGAAUGGAACGUCAACGGUACCUCGUCAACGGUCUUUUCGGGAGUAUUCACACCAUCGGGAAGUCGCCAUUACGAAAUUCUCAGCAACCAGAAGGUAACUCUCGAAUCGGUUCAACGGAUGGGAUACAAACACAACCGCAAACACCCAGACCGGGCCAAGUAGCGAACGAGAUGACCGAGGAGCAACAAGGCUUCUCAAUAGAGGGAGGGGAGCAAACAGAUAUUGACGUUGAUAUUUCAGCGGAUGCUUUUCUUGGUAUUUCACCGAACAUGCUUUGGUUUGAUUCUUUUGAUACGACAAUGUCUCUAUUUCCUAUCGUCGAUACGCAAAUAAUGGGCGACGAAAUGAUGGCCAACGGUGUUAAUAAUCAAGAAUGA